AAUUCAUCAUUAUUUUUGCAGACACUUUGGGGGAGCUGGGCUCUCAUCGGGCCGAAGCACCGUGUGUGGUUCGGGGGCGACACAGGGUACUGCAGUGUCUUUAAGGAAAUUGGUGCACACAUUGGCCCUUUUGAUGUUGCCGCAAUUCCUAUUGGUGCAUACAAACCGAGAUGGGUGUUGAAGUCCCAGCACGUAGAUCCAACUGAAGCAGUUCAAAUCCACUCAGAUAUUAAAGCCAAGCAUUCCAUUGGUAUCCAUUGGGGAACUUUUCCCCUUUCCAAGGAGUCAUACUUGGCACCGAAAUACGAUUUGGAGGUGGCGGUUGAAAAAGCUGGGCUCACCAAAAGUGACUUCAAGACAAUAUUCCAUGGACAGUCAUACUGCUAUCAUCGUGAUAGGAAUGACACCGGUUUUGAAUAUUGUGCUAUUCUAGAUAAGUCUUUUCAAGAAUUUAAAGUAGAGGCGGUUCAAGGGAACAAAAGACAUUUCAAAGCGGUAUUAAUUGGACCUAAAGACUCUCCCUAUGAAAACGGAAAAUUCGCCAUCGAAUUCUUUUAUCCAGAAGGGUUCCCUGCGAAUCCUCCCAAAGACGCUGGACAAAAUCUACGACUAUGA